AUGCGCGGCAACAUCCCUGAUACCGGAUAUGGGGCUGGCGAUUGGCACAUCGCAGUCCGGAGUGGGGGCCACGGCUGGCAACUCAACAACAACAUCGAGAACGGCGUCACCAUUGACCUCACGCACAUGAACUCGUCUGUCUAUGACAAGGAUGCGAAUGUGGCUCGUGUUGACACUGGUGGCCACUGGCAGUACGUCUACAAGGACUUGGACGAUCAAGGUGUCGUGGUUGUUGGUGGCCGCGAUGGCAAUGUUGGCGUCGGGGGGUUUCUCCUUGGUGGGGGCACCUCCUUCUUCUCUCCUGCUCGAGGAUUCGGUGCCGAUAACGUUGUGAAUUACGAAGUUGUCCUUUCCAACGGUACCAUUGUCAACGCCAACAAAUCCAGCAACGCAGAUCUGUGGAAAUCCCUCAAGGGUGGCGGGCCCAACUUCGGCAUUGUUACGCGAUUCGACCUCGAAGCGAUGCCUACACGGAAACUUCACUACGAGGUUCGCUUCUUGCCCGUAAACGCAACUGAUGCAGUCAUCGAUACCCUAGUCGAGUUCGCUGACUACGACAUGUCCAUGGCGGACAAUGCUCUCGUCACAUAUCUGACGUACAACAGCACGCAGAGCACGGAAAUUAUGCUUGGUACCAUAUUCGUUAACACAGCUGGCGAGGACAACGUCACAACUGCUUACGACAACCUGAGGAAGAUUCCUGCCCUUUUGGAAAGCAGUGAAAAGAAGACCCUGGCCGAAGCAGCAGCAGGAUCGCAAGUAGGCGGUGGAGUAUGGGCCUCUGGAGCCACACUUCUGUACAGAAAUGAUAAGUCGAUACUACAAUACGCUGCCAAGACACAUGAGAACUUUGUCAAGUCUCUACAAAACUCGAUUGGAGAGGAUGCAUUUGAUACUAUGAUCUUUCUUCAACCAGUCACCAAGGACUACGGACGAAUCGCUCAGGAAAAGGGUGGAAACAUGCUUGGACUGGAGAACAUGGCUGGAAACGCCGUAAUGUGGACGGCCGCCGUGUUUGUCAAGACAAACGAGGCCGAUUUCGCCAUUGCCGAGCAGCGUCUAAACGAAAUGUCGAGCUUCAUGAACGACUUCGCAGAGUCUAUCGGUGGGGCUGAAGAUCUGGUAUACCUCAACUACGCCAGUUCACGUCAGGACUCGCUAGGAAGCUACGGUGCCAAAAGCCUCGAGUACAUGCGCAAGGUUGCGGAGAAAUAUGAUCCAGAAGGCAUUUUCCAGACGCGUGUUCCUGGAGGGUUCAAGCUUUCAAGGGCAGCUUAA